CAAAAAAUUACUUAGUUGUGUUCGGAUUACUCCAAAGUCUGUACCUAAAACGAGAUUUAUUGAACAAAGAGUUGAAUAAUUGUAUCAAUUUUGACGAGAAAUGGUUCAAAAACGCAGUUUGGGAAUCAUCAUUUUCGUUGUUUGUAUUGGUGCCCGUGUCGUCGAAUCUUAUCCCAAACAACGCAUCGAGUGCGAGGAAUACAAAACGGAUGACUCAUAUGACGGUUCGACAUGUACUUUGAGCAAAAUUUCCGCCGACGACGCCACAGAAUUCGAGUUUGUGCGAAAUAAUGUCAAAAUUUGGUGGUUUAUCGAUAAAAAUCUCAAUUUUGAGUGGUUCAAAAAGAUCCAUGUACGAAAUUCGACGGUAAAAAGUAUUCCGCGCCCCUUUAUGACGCAAUACACGAAGAUGGAAGUACUUCUGAUGGACCAUUGUGGUGUCGAGGAAUGGCAUCCUCUUACUUUUACGCACGCCAAAAACUUGCGACAGCUGCUUUUAAGUCGAAAUCUCGUGUCGGAAGUGCCUCGAUUCGCUUUUUACAAUGCCAACGUACUCGAAGUCAUCGAUUUGCAACACAACAAAAUCACGCGUGUCGACCGGUAUGCGUUCAUCAACCUCGAGGCACUGAAGGAAAUCAAGUUGGCGUACAACCGCAUCACGACACUCGACUUGCGGAUCUUCAGCAAUGUCCAUUUGCGACACGUGGAUGUCAGUCACAACGCCUUGACGAGUCUUUCGAUCGAAGUUGAGAGUGUUUUCAAGACAAAAUCCAAAAAAGCUGAACUAAAAGUCAUCGCCAAUGACAACGAAAUCACCCAACUUUUCAUCCAAGAUGACUUUCCGGUGACAGAAUUGAAUCUCAAGCGAAAUAAUUUGACUUUCGUCACACCAAUCGCCCUUUUCAAAGACUUAACUUACCUAAAUCUCGAAGGAAACCCAUUGGGAGGCAUUCCGCUUAACACUUUCUUCAACAUGGGACACUUGCAGUACUUAAAUCUCCGUGGCACGAACCUCAAUGCCAUCAACGGGGCAAUUUUUUCGCGUCUCACGAAACUCAAACAUCUCGAUUUGUCGAGCAACAAUUUCACAACUAUCAAUUUGCACGAUUUGGCUGCCAUGGGAGAUCUUGAAGAGCUCGUUUUGCUCGAAAAUUAUUUGAAAGAAGCCGACGCUCAAACGUUGCACGACAUUUUCAAGCAUUUGACGCACAUUUGGAUCUCAAGCAACGUCUGGGAUUGCGAUGAAUUCAAGAAAUUCGUGCUUAAAGUGCAAGAAACCGGCAUCCAAGUCAACAAUGGCGAGGGGAAAUACGGAACAUCCGCAAAGGGCAUGCAAUUGUGCAUCACAACACUCUCACUCUCAAGAAUCAUGUCGUCGAAUCUCCGCGGUUGCUGCCUGCUCGCAGUUCCCCGUCACAGCGGCAACAACAACAACAAUAACAAUAAUAGAAUAACAUUUUUAAUUUGUCUGAUAUUAACCGUGAUAACGACGACGAGCCAUUGUACGGCAAUAACAACCACACAAACCCCAAGCACCGCAAUCGGAAGCGAUUUGUCGUCCGAGAGUUAUUUGAACAGCACCGAAUCACUUGUCGAAGCAUCGACAACGACGGAAACUCUUGACUCGAGUACCACAACGGAAGUCAUUUUCGUAACGGAAGACGUCGAAGACACCGAUAUCUUCCCCUUGUACUGCUCCGAGCCAAAAAAUGUCCCAAACCCGAAGGAAAUGUGCGAAAUUUCCAUCGCCAAUUGCCCAAAAUGCAAUGAAACAGACGAAACUGAUGCCGAUCUCGACACUUCAACUCGCAACAUUGUCAUUUUCAGUCAUGAUACUUCAAUUAUCACCUUUAUUCAUGUCUACGAAGUGCCAUUAGUCGCAAUGCCUGUGUCAGUCUUCGAGCAAUAUACGAAUUUAGCGAUUUUACAACUCGAAAAUUGCUCGAUACGCGAUCUCGAUGGCAUCACAAACGCCACAAAGCUGAAGAAAUUGUACGUGAACAACAAUAAUUUGCGACAAAUCGGCGAAGGUCAGUUGCAUGGCGCACCCCAUUUGCGUCUACUUGAGGCGACGCACAACAAAAUCGAGAUUGUCGACGAGAAAGCGUUCAGCAACAACGAGAACCUGUAUUGGCUGGACUUGAGUUACAAUCGUAUUGGGGGUUUGCCAUGGGCGGUGUUCCAAUAUCUCAAGGCAAUUGUCACAAUUAACUUGUCGCAUAACAUGAUCGAGGAAUUGGGACUCGUUUGUAGUGGCAUCGAGACACUUAGUACGCUAGAUUUGUCCUAUAAUCGCAUCAAAAAGAUUCGGGCAAGUACUUUUGAGAGAACGACGAACCUCGAGGCGAUCCAUUUGGGCAACAACGAGAUCGAAAUGAUCGAACACAAUGCCUUCGAUCAAUGUUCGAAGCUGAAAUCGCUCGAUUUGUCGAAUAAUCGAUUGCAAUCGUUGCACUUUGAUAUCCCAAGUAGCCAAUUUAGCAGCUUGUUGGUACAAAACAACCUCAUCGGUGAACUGGCUUGUACAACGCGGCAACAAAAUCUCUCGAAUCUCAAGUUACAUGCGCAAAAUAACCAAAUUUCAACGCUUUUUGUGCAAGAUGGCAUUCCCAUAACAGACUGCAAUUUGGACACAAACCGCCUGAAAUCACUCUCGACCUUGACCAAAGUUUACACACUCACGAGUUUGCGGCUUUCGAACAAUGAUCUGUCCGAAUCAACUGAUCUACCAUCAUUCACGAAUCUCGAAAAUUUGGUCGAAUUGGAUCUAAGUUACACGGAUCUCCAAGCGGAAUACGUCAAAUAUCUCUUUCAACUGAAAAAUCUCAUUUUUUGGCUCGAUCUCUCGGGAAAUCCAUCAUUGGCAUCUUUUGAUUGGAACAUCAAUCCCGGGUCCCCGGUUCAAGUUCUUCGUUUAAAUAACUGCUCCUUGACCGAUUUGAAUGUCCCGAACCUCCUUCAAGCACUCCCGAACUUGCAAGAAAUCGAAAUCGAUGAAAAUGAGUUCCCGUGUCGCACUUUGAGACGAAUUUUGGUCGACAUCCAAGGCAUCGGCGGUAAAACUGUGAAGAAAGGAGACAUUAAUGACUUUGAACAUAUCGAAGGGAUUCGAUGUGUGAACGAUACUCAACCCGAAAUUCCCAAGCCCAGCGUCGGAUUGGAAGCGAAUACCACAAAACUCGUCCUGCUGAAGCCCAUUGUCACGCAUAUCACGCCAACGACUGCUGCAACCGAAAUUUCCGACGCGGAAAUGAAAGCUUCGACAGAAACGCAUAGCACGAGUAAGUCGCGCAUCCAGAUAAAGCCACAUAUUCCAUCGACGACGUCGCCAGCCAGUAAUACGGGUGCAGCAACGGCAACUGAAACAACAAUUGUGACAAGUGAAAGUGAAUCACCUUCUAUUGAAUCAACAACAACAGAAUCAAAUUAACUGAAAAAAAAAACUAAUAAUUGCAUUUUCGGUGAAAAACAUGCAAAAAUGUGAAUGAAACGAAAAAGAAAUCAAGUGAACACACGUGCUAUACAUAAAUAUAGAGAGAAAAAAAUACGUUAAAUGCCUAAAUCAAUUCAAAUUUUAUUCCACAUUGUAGUCUCUAGUUUAGUAUUAUUAUAUUAUAAAUUUAUAAUUAUGAUGUAGCGAACACUGUGAAUGUAGUAACUUAAAAAAAAAAUUUCGCACACGCACACUCUUUAUUGCUUUUGUAGGACGAAUGAUGAUGAAAAUUAGGUACAUUGUACUGUGACGUGAAACAGAAAAAAAAUAUUUAAAAAAAUAAAAAUGAAU